AUGAAUGCAAAUAACGCAAAAUCCAUGAAACUUCCAACUGUAGCUUUAAUUUAGGCUAAACAAAUCAUUCAGAGAUUAGAAAAAGAAAGAAGCCAAAGGCUAAAAAGCAAAGGUUCUUCAAAAAGAACUCGGGAAAAAGAUUCCACGAAUAAUCAAAGCAUAUCUAUUUCACUGAGUAUAGAAAAUCCAGCUGAUUUGUCAGUGGAUUCAGAAAAAAAUAGUAAGGGCUCUUCUUCGUCGUUUUUCAGAUUGCUUCUGAAAAAACUGUGUAAAUGGGACUGCUUUUCGGAGCCUGGAGAAAAGCCAAACUCUGAUGAUGACUGUCAAUUGUAA